AUUUUUGUAUUUUUAGUACAGAUGAGGUUUCACCAUCUUGGCCAGGCUGGUCUUGAACUCCUGACCUCAAGUGAUCCACCCACCUCGGCCUCCCAAAGUGCUGGGAUUACAGGCGUGAGCCAUCGUGCCCAGCCUAUUUUUUGGCUUUUUAAAAGUCAAGGUUAUUCAAGUGCCACUCUUCGUAUGCUUGGAAGUUUGUUGUCCUCACCUUUAACUAUGUUUUGCUUAAUAAAGUGAAAAAUUAAAAAAAAAGAAGUCAAGGUUAUUAAGAUAUAAUUUACACACAGUGAAAUGUGCCCUUUUGAGGCGUAUAGUAUGCACAGUGUAUGGGUGUAUAAUGUGGCUUGAUGACUUUGACAAAUACACAGCUGUGUACAGUCAAGAUAGGGAUUUUCCAUCACCCCUAAAGUUCUCCCUGUCCCUUUGUACUCAGUUCCCUUCCCCUCUCCCAGCCCCUAUUAACCACUGAUCUGAUUUCUGACUCUGUAGUUUUGUCUUUCCCAGAAUGUCAUACAAAUGGAAUUAAACAGUGUGCAGUCUUCUUUGUCUGGCUUCUUUCACUUACAUACUGCUUUUAAGAUUCAUCCGGCCAGGUGCGGUGGCUCACGCCUGUAAUCCCAGCAUUUUGGGAGGCCAAGCCAGGUGGAUCAUUUGAGGUCAGGAGUUCAAGACCAGCCAGGCCAUCAUGGUGAAAUCCUGUCUCUACUAAAAAUACAAAAAUUAGCUGUGCAUGGUGGUACACACCUGUAAUCCCAGCUACUCAGGGAGGCAGGAGAAUUGCUUGAACCCAGGAAGCAGAGGUUGCAGUGAGCUGAGAUCACGCCACUGCACUCCAGCCUGGGUGACAGAGCGAGACUCCGUCUCAAAAAAAAAAAAAAAAAAUUCAUCCAUGUUGCCACAUGUCUCAGUGGUUUCAUUCCUUAGGAUUACUGAGUUGUGUUCUAUUAUUGUAGGGAUGGACUGCAGUUUGUUCAUUAGUUCCCCUGCUUCUUUGAGCUAAGUUUCAAAGGACAGUAGAUUUAAAUAGUCAGGAGAGAGGGGAAAUGGGAUAAUUGGAGGUAAACUGGCAUAAGGCAGAAUAGAAUGAGUCACUGAGGUGUAUCCUGCAUCUGGGAAGAAUCAGUAAAUCAGAGAAGACGACUCCUGGAUAUGAGGCUUCAUCUGCAUUUUUAUUAUAAAUGAAUCCAGCUCAAGCCUUAUCUCCUCCUUCAUACUUCAACCUGCAGUAAUUUCUCCCUACUCUGAAUUUCUAUUCAUCUGUCCAUUCUUCACCCAUCUAUUCAUCCGUCCAUCCAUCCAUCAUUGAUCCACCCAUUCUUUCAUCAUCUAUUUAUUUUAUUUGUCCUUCAUUUAACGACCUUUGUUUCAGGUCUCCAACAUCCCAGGCACUGACUCACGAACAGGUUAAACAAGUUAAAAAUCAUAAUCCCUUUCCCCAAGAAGUUCUUAGGAAUCUACUGGAGGAAACAGCAAGAAAGGUGAAGGACCUGUUCGUUCUUCUUUGGGCUAUAAGAAGGCAGAGGAUGAGAUGUCCCGGGCCACGUCUGUUGGAGACCAGCUGGAGGCACCCGCCCGCACCAUUUACCUCAACCAACCGCAUCUCAACAAAUUCCGCGACAACCAGAUCAGUACGGCCAAGUACAGCGUGUUGACAUUUCUACCUCGAUUCUUGUAUGAGCAGAUUAGAAGAGCUGCUAAUGCCUUCUUUCUCUUCAUUGCCUUAUUACAGCAAAUUCCAGAUGUAUCUCCAACAGGAAGAUAUACCACCCUGGUGCCAUUGAUCAUUAUUUUAACAAUUGCAGGCAUCAAAGAGAUUGUAGAAGAUUUUAAGCGACACAAGGCAGACAAUGCAGUUAACAAAAAGAAAACAAUAGUGUUACGAAAUGGUAUGUGGCAUACCAUUAUGUGGAAAGAGGUGGCAGUGGGAGACAUUGUGAAGGUCGUCAAUGGGCAGUAUCUUCCAGCAGAUGUGGUCCUGCUGUCCUCCAGUGAACCUCAGGCAAUGUGUUAUGUUGAAACAGCUAAUCUGGAUGGGGAGACGAACCUUAAAAUACGUCAGGGUUUGAGUCACACUGCUGACAUGCAAACACGUGAAGUUCUGAUGAAGUUAUCUGGAACUAUAGAGUGUGAAGGGCCCAACCGCCACCUCUAUGACUUCACUGGAAACUUGAACUUAGAUGGGAAAAGCCUUGUUGCCCUUGGGCCUGACCAGAUCUUAUUAAGAGGUACACAGCUUAGAAAUACUCAGUGGGUCUUUGGCAUAGUUGUUUAUACUGGACAUGACACCAAACUCAUGCAGAAUUCAACCAAAGCGCCUCUCAAGAGAUCAAACGUUGAGAAGGUGACUAACGUGCAGAUCCUGGUGUUGUUUGGCAUCCUCUUGGUCAUGGCCUUGGUGAGCUCGGCGGGGGCCCUGUACUGGAACAGGUCUCACGGCGAAAAGAACUGGUACAUCAAGAAGAUGGACACCACCUCAGAUAAUUUUGGAUACAACCUGCUGACGUUCAUCAUCUUAUACAACAAUCUUAUUCCCAUCAGUCUGCUGGUGACUCUUGAGGUUGUGAAGUAUACCCAAGCCCUUUUCAUAAACUGGGACACAGAUAUGUAUUACAUAGGAAAUGACACUCCUGCCAUGGCCAGGACAUCAAACCUUAAUGAAGAGCUUGGGCAGGUGAAAUAUCUCUUUUCUGACAAGACUGGAACGCUUACAUGCAAUAUCAUGAACUUUAAGAAGUGCAGCAUUGCCGGAGUAACCUAUGGUCACUUCCCAGAAUUGGCAAGAGAGCCAUCUUCAGAUGACUUUUGUCGGAUGCCUCCUCCCUGUAGUGAUUCUUGUGACUUUGAUGAUCCCAGGCUGUUGAAGAACAUUGAGGAUCGCCAUCCCACAGCCCCUUGCAUUCAGGAGUUCCUCACCCUUCUGGCCGUGUGCCACACGGUUGUUCCUGAGAAGGAUGGAGAUAACAUCAUCUACCAGGCCUCCUCCCCAGAUGAAGCUGCUUUGGUGAAGGGAGCUAAAAAGCUGGGCUUUGUCUUCACAGCCAGAACACCAUUCUCAGUCAUCAUAGAAGCGAUGGGACAGGAACAAACAUUUGGAAUCCUUAAUGUCCUGGAAUUUUCUAGUGACAGAAAAAGAAUGUCUGUAAUUGUUCGAACUCCUUCAGGACGACUUCGGCUCUACUGUAAAGGGGCUGAUAAUGUGAUUUUUGAGAGACUUUCAAAAGACUCAAAAUAUAUGGAGGAAACAUUAUGCCAUCUGGAAUACUUUGCCACGGAAGGCUUGCGGACUCUCUGUGUGGCUUAUGCUGAUCUCUCUGAGAAUGAGUAUGAGGAGUGGCUGAAAGUCUAUCAGGAAGCCAGCACCAUAUUGAAGGACAGAGCUCAACGGUUGGAAGAGUGUUACGAGAUCAUUGAGAAGAAUUUGCUGCUACUUGGAGCCACAGCCAUAGAAGAUCGUCUUCAAGCAGGAGUUCCAGAAACCAUCGCAACUCUGUUGAAGGCAGAAAUUAAAAUAUGGGUGUUGACAGGAGACAAACAAGAAACUGCGAUUAAUAUAGGGUAUUCCUGCCGAUUGGUAUCGCAGAAUAUGGCCCUUAUCCUAUUGAAGGAGGACUCUUUGGAUGCCACAAGGGCAGCCAUUACUCAGCACUGCACUGACCUUGGGAAUUUGCUGGGCAAGGAAAAUGAUGUGGCCCUCAUCAUUGAUGGCCACACCCUGAAGUACGCGCUCUCCUUCGAAGUCCGGAGGAGUUUCCUGGAUUUGGCACUCUCAUGCAAAGCGGUCAUAUGCUGCAGAGUGUCUCCUCUGCAGAAGUCUGAGAUAGUGGAUGUGGUGAAGAAGCGGGUGAAGGCCAUCACCCUUGCCAUCGGAGAUGGCGCCAACGAUGUCGGGAUGAUCCAGACAGCCCACGUGGGUGUGGGAAUCAGUGGGAAUGAAGGCAUGCAGGCCACCAACAACUCGGAUUACGCCAUCGCACAGUUUUCCUACUUAGAGAAGCUUCUGUUGGUUCAUGGAGCCUGGAGCUACAACCGGGUGACCAAGUGCAUCUUGUACUGCUUCUAUAAGAACGUGGUCCUGUAUAUUAUUGAGCUUUGGUUCGCCUUUGUUAAUGGAUUUUCUGGGCAGAUUUUAUUUGAACGUUGGUGCAUCGGCCUGUACAACGUGAUUUUCACUGCUUUGCCGCCCUUCACUCUGGGAAUCUUCGAGAGGUCUUGCACUCAGGAGAGCAUGCUCAGGUUUCCCCAGCUCUACAAAAUCACCCAGAACGGCGAAGGCUUCAACACAAAGGUUUUCUGGGGUCACUGCAUCAACGCCUUGGUCCACUCCCUCAUCCUCUUCUGGUUUCCCAUGAAAGCUCUGGAGCAUGAUACUGUGUUGACAAGUGGUCAUGCUACCGACUAUUUAUUUGUUGGAAAUAUUGUUUACACAUAUGUUGUUGUUACUGUUUGCCUGAAAGCUGGUUUGGAGACCACAGCUUGGACUAAAUUCAGUCAUCUGGCUGUCUGGGGAAGCAUGCUGACCUGGCUGGUGUUUUUUGGCAUCUACUCGACCAUCUGGCCCACCAUUCCCAUUGCUCCAGAUAUGAGAGGACAGGCAACUAUGGUCCUGAGCUCCGCACACUUCUGGUUGGGAUUAUUUCUGGUUCCUACUGCCUGUUUGAUUGAAGAUGUGGCAUGGAGAGCAGCCAAGCACACCUGCAAAAAGACAUUGCUGGAGGAGGUGCAAGAGCUGGAAACCAAGUCUCGAGUCCUGGGAAAAGCGGUGCUGCGAGAUAGCAAUGGAAAGAGGCUGAACGAGCGCGACCGCCUGAUCAAGAGGCUGGGCCGGAAGACGCCCCCGACGCUGUUCCGGGGCAGCUCCCUGCAGCAGGGCGUCCCGCAUGGGUAUGCUUUUUCUCAAGAAGAACACGGAGCUGUUAGUCAGGAAGAAGUCAUCCGUGCUUAUGACACCACCAAAAAGAAAUCCAGGAAGAAAUAAGACAUGAAUUUUCCUGACUGAUCUUAGGAAAGAUAUUCAGUUUGUUGCACCCAGUGUUAACACCUCUUUGUCAGAAAAGACUGGCAUCAGCAGCCAAAACACCAGGAAACACAUUUCUGUGGCCUUAGCCAAGCAGUUUGUUAGUUACAUAUUCCCUCGCAAACCUGGAGUGCAGACCGCAGGGGAAGCUAUCUUUGCCCUCCCAACUCGUCUGCAGUGCUUAGCCUAACUUUUGUUUACGUCAUUAUGAAGCAUUCAACUGUGCUCUGUGAGGUGUGAAAUUAAAAACAUUAUGUUUCACCAA